UGUUCCGUUACAGUCCAGCAUGUCCUUUAUAUAUCUCCCCUCCGAUCCAGCCGGCUUCGCUGCCUCCGCCACCUCCGCCCGCCCACAGACUUAGCACGCGUCGCCAUGGCCUCCAACCCAGACAGGCCAGCCUCUUCUCAGGCCACCCAUCCCACCGCCCACGCCCACGAUCCAGAGGCCGCAGCCACCCCGCCAGAGAAGAUGCCCGACGGCGAACACGCCCCUCGUCCCCUCAGCACGCUGCAGACCGUCGGUCUCAUCACGACAUGUACGGCCGCCAUGUGUCUCAACAAUGCUCUGAACACCGCAGUCGCGAUCGCGCUGCCCACCAUGGGCAAGGAAGUAGGCAUCCCGCAGUACAGAUUGCAGUGGGUCAUCUCCGCAUACACCCUCAGCUCUGGCUGCCUCCUUCUCUUCUUCGGUCGGUUAGCAGACCUGUACGGACGCAAGAAGGCCUUCCUCGCCGGCGUCGCUGUCAUGGGUAUCCUCAGUAUAGGUCUAGGCUUCGCGCAAACGGAAAUUACGAUUGACGUCCUCCGUGGUUUGCAAGGGCUCGGUGCUGCUGCCGCUAUUCCCGCAUCUCUUGGUAUCCUCGCACAUGCAUUCCCGCCCUCCAAAACGCGCUCCGUCGCCUUCGCGACCUUCGCCGCGGGCGCGCCUGUCGGCGCUGCCAUCGGAAGCACCAUCGGUGGUGUCCUGACUCAGUUGACAGAGAAGACGUGGCGCUCGACUUUCUGGUUCUUGGCCGGUAUCAGUGCCGCGACGUUCCUGGGCGGGGCGUUGUCAAUGGACGCUGAUAAGCCGUCAGAGGAAAAGGACAAGCGCAUCGAUUGGCUGGGCGCAUUCCUCGUCACGGCGGGCCUGGUCUUCAUCAUCUUCAUCCUGAGUGACGGUACCAUCGCACCGAACGGGUGGAAGACCGGAUACAUCAUCGCGCUGCUCAUCGUCGGCGUGUUCUUCCUAGUCGCCUACGUCGCCUGGGAGGUCUUCCUCGAGCACCAGCUCGACGCGCACUCAGUCGCAUGGUGGACGCCCCCGCCGCUCAUGCGCGUCUCGCUCUGGGGCCGCGCGCGCGGCAAGCUCGCCGUCACGCUCCUCCUCGCGCUCCUCGAGUACGCCGGCUUCAUGAGCUUCAGCUUCUGGAUCCAGCUGUACUACCAGAACUACAUGCACCUGAACCCCGUGCUCACGAUGGUCCGCCUGCUGCCGAUGUUCGUGACGGGCAUCAUCGCGAACAUGUUCGUCGCGGCGUUCGUCGGGCGGGUGCCCCUCGUGUAUCUCGUCACGAUGGGCAUGACCCUGACGGGCGUGGCGAACCUGCUGUUCGCGGUGAUCAACCCCGCCGCGACGUACUGGGCGUUCGGCUUCCCCGCUGCGAUCCUCUCCGUGUUCGGCGCGGACUUCGUGUUCGCCUCGGGCACGCUGUUCGUCGCCAAGGUGUGCCUCCCGCACGAGCAGAGCGUCGGCGGCGCGCUCUUCCAGACCAUGACCCAGCUCGGCGCGUCGUUCGGACUGGCGAUCACGACGAUCGUGUACAACUCGGAGCUGAAGAAAGUCUCCGCGGCGGACGGCGUCGUCGUGAACGUCGACGGCUCGAACGCGCCCAUGGACGCGCAGCUCACCGCGUACAAGGACGCGUUCUGGUCCGCCUGUGCGAUCGCGUUCUUCGGUGCUGUGCUGUCUGUGCUGAUCCUCCGUGGCGCGGGCAUCGUCGGACACCAGAAGGGCUCCGAGCACGGGUCGACGAUCAGUGGAGAUACGAUCCGCGACGAGAAGGCUCAGGUCCAGACGGAGAAGAAGGCGUGAGACCUAAUAGAGCUGCCCUGGUCCUGGUCGCUUGUCUCGACACUUUGGGGUGCGGCUGGGAUGGACGGUUCAACCUGCCAUGCCUGCACGCUUGAUGACCUGCUGUCUGAGUCUCGCGCGCGCGUGCGCCUGGAGCACGCCGUGUCCAUGGUACGAAUGACGACGAGUUGAGAUUGUUCACGUUCAUGACAGACCCGCAUCCGCAUCACAUCACCCACGAUAGAAGACG